GCCUUCGCCGGCGGCGGGGCGGUGGCGGGCGGCCGAGCUGCUCGGAGCACGCCGGCGCUGCCCAUGGGGGAGUGCGGGGUGCCUCCCCAGGUCCAGCUCUUCCUCCGCGCCUGCGAGCAGGGCGACUGCGAGACCACCCGGCGCCUCCUGGGGCUGUCCGGCGCCGGCACCGCCGACCCGGCGGCCCCCUCCUCCUGCGGUACCGAGGAGGCAGCGGUGGCGGAGCCCCGCGGCGAAGUGUCCGCCCCGCCGGCCCCCGUCGUGCCCGUGGACUGCACCGACGAGGCCGGCAACACGGGUUUGCAGUUCGCUGCGGCGGGGGGCCACGAGCAGCUGGUGCGGUUCCUGCUGCGGAAGGGGGCCUCGGUACAGAGCACGAACCACUACGGAUGGAGCCCCCUCAUGCAGGCGGCCAGGUUUGGACAUCUAAGCGUGGCUCACAUCUUGCUGGAGAAUGGUGCCGAUCUCAAUGCACAGAAUAAGUUAGGAGCCAGUGUCCUCACCAUGGCUUCCAGAGGCGGCCAUGCCAGCAUGGUGAAAUUGUUGCUGGAAUCUGGAGCUUAUGUAGACAAUUAUGAUCAUUUUAGCACAAGUGUACUUAGCAGCAGAGAAGACUUUCCUGACAUCACUCCACUGAUGGCAGCUGCUCAGCAUGGACAUGAGGCAGUGGUACAUCUGUUACUAGACUGGGGAGCUGAUUGUAAUUACACUGUGAAGACUAUGGGCUGGAGUCCCCUAAUGCUGGCAGCUGUUAGUGGAAAGGUGAGCUUGGCACAGCAGCUCAUGGAGAAGGGUGCCAAUCCUGAUCACCAGAAUGUGCUACACAAAACACCUUUUGAAAUCUCUGUUGGCUUCAAACACAAAGACAUGAAGGACUAUCUGGAGUCUCUCACAACGAUCAGACACCAGGCAGAUACUGAAAAGAGGCAACCUGAUGUCUUUCAUGCUUUGAAAUUGGGAAAUUUUCAGCUGGUUAAAGAGAUUGUUGAUGAAGACCCAACUCAGGUCAAUAUUACUAAUGUUGAUGGCGCAUCUCCAUUAAUAAUUGCAGCUGUAACUGGGCAGCUGCCCCUCGUUCAGCUCCUUGUUGAGAAAAGUGCUGAUAUUGACAAACAGGAUAAUGUUCAUGGUUGGACAGCACUUAUGCAGGCCACAUACCAUGGAAACAAAAAUGUUGUCAAGUAUUUGUUAAAUCAAGGAGCUGAUGUCAAUCUUCGUGCCAAAAAUGGAUACACAGCAUUUGACCUGAUAAUGCUCCUGAAUGAUCCAGACACAGAGCUUGUACGGUUACUGGCAUCAGCGUGCAUGCAAGUAGGCAAAGACAAGAAUAAACUGAACAACAGAUCAUCUUUGCCUUGUUCCAGAAGUAGGCAGUCCUUAAAUGUCCCAAUAUUGCCAGAUGACAAAGGAGGUCUAAAGUCCUGGUGGAGCAGGAUGUCCAAUCGAUUCCGCAAGCUGAAGUUGACUCAGACAUUGCGCCAUGGAUUUCCUUCCAAUCAGUUUGUGCCUUUUCCUGAUGAGCCUGAACCAUCAUUAAAUUCCACCAUAAAAGCAGUUUCACAGAGUGACACAGACAGCUCUGGAAACCUUGAUGCUGCUGCAGCUCGGAUCACAAAUAACAAAGCUAGUGGUGUAAACACUGCAAAAGGAGGAAAGGAUGAUGAAUUAUUGACUACGAUGUUGAGAAGUAGUGCUCCUUUUACCAGGCUGCCCAGCGAUAAACUGAAAGCAGUGAUACCACCUUUCUUACCACCCUCAAGUUUUGAGCUUUGGAAUUCUGACCGAACACGGCUCAGCAAAGAUGGUAAAGCUGAACAGAUGAGAACCGCCUGGCCACAGAGAGCGAUCAAGCAUGAUUUUAACAGCAGUGGGAACUCUGAUAUAACAUCUGUUAGCAAAGGUACUAGACCAGUCAAAUUACCAACAUUUGCAAGAAGACCUGCAUCUCCUUCAAAUUCUAACAACUUCAACCAUUCUCCCCAUUCUUCUGGUGGAUCCAACAACAUUGCAGGAAUUAACAGGCAUGGAGGAGAACUGCAAAACAGAUCAGGUGGCAAUGCAGAUAAUGUUUUGUCUCAGAUUGCAGCCCAAAGAAGAAAAGCAGCAGGCUUACCUGAACAGAAACCCAACCAACAGAAUAGUCCAGUCCAGACAACUCCUUCAUCCACUCUGCCUGAUUUGCAGUGUGCUCAAAUUGUUGGCAAUGGACAUGUUGUAAAGCAAAAACUGGAGAUGAACAAAAGACCUCCAUCUGGGACUUCAUCUACAUCUAAAAGCACAUCACCAACUCUCACACCUUCCCCGUCACCCUCCCCGUCUCCUAAGGUUCACAACGCAGAGUCCUCUCUCUCUUCUCACAGGCAGGCCAAGAGCAACGGUUCCAGCAGUGGUACUAUUACAGAUGAUGGCAACCACUUAGUGGAUCAUCAACAGCUUGUCCCUAUUCUGAGAACCAGUGAUGUAGAGAACCAUGAACGACGAAACCACGUGAGAAUAAAAGGAGGUUCUGAAAACUUGGAGAAAGAUGAGCUGACUGGCAUCCUUAAAAAAUUGUCACUUGAGAAAUAUCAGCCUAUUUUUGAGGAACAAGAGGUGGAUAUGGAAGCCUUCCUUACACUUACUGAUGGUGACCUGAAAGAGCUGGGUAUUAAAACUGAUGGAUCAAGGCAGCAAAUUUUGGCAGCUAUUUCUGAACUGAAUGCAGGAAAGGGACGAGAGAGACAGAUCUUACAAGAAACUAUACACAACUUCCAUUCUUCUUUUGAGAGUAGUGUUAGUAACACACGACCUCCAGGUCAUUCCCAGUCACCUGGCUGUUCUGUAAAACCACAAGAAGCUGUUUCUCCUAAAAGAUGAAGAACCCAUGGGAGGCUGACCUGGGCACAGUCAGGAAAAACAAAAGCUUGGAAGAAGGCAUGAAAACCACCACGAAUUAUGAGACAUGGAGAAAUACGUAAACUGAACACACCUUUAUUGACUGGAUACAGAUAAAGGAGUCCAAAUUGAAAAUGUAAUGGUUUCAUGAGAAGGAAUAUGAGGAAAAGUAAUGCUGCAUUCUUCGUUAACCAAAAUACAUUUAAUCUAUUCAACAAUAAGAGGUUAGAACAGCAGUAAAAGUAAAUACAAAAUACAUAUUUGUAAAAUAGCACUUUAUUUAAGGAAAUGCAUAACCUGUCACCAAUAUUUAAACAGAAAUACUGUUAAAAUUUUUAUAUUGCUGAUUAUUUGGGGGUUUGUUUUUUUUUUGAGAAUAAAACCAUUUAACUGAUAUUGGCUGGGUUUUUUGAACAGUAACACUAGCAGAUCCUUAAAAUAUAUUUUUGUAACUGCUGUAAUAAUUUCAAAAGGGCCAGUUACAGUAAUUAUGAGUGGAAAUAAUUUUCUGCUUAAUAAAUAGAAAUUUUUGUACAGCAGUUAAUAUACAAGUCCUCAGAGGCCUCUGACACUAGGUUUAUCUUUCUGAAGGCUCACAAGUGUGUGAUUUACCACUGGCUGAAUUCCGUGAGAGUCAGGAGUACUACUGCAGGUGAAGUCAGGGUCUUGGAGUUCUAAUGCGGAAGUCUGAUGUCAGGUAAUUACUUCUGUGCAGAACUAAAGAAUUUAUAUUUCUCCAUCCUCCUCACAGUACUUUUUUUAGUGGAGUUUAGCAAAAACAGGGAUAGAAGUGAGUGCAGUGAUAGAGAUCAGAGCACCAGGGAAGGUGGUGAUGCCCCUGCUGUCCCUCAGGUGCCUCUGGGUGUGUCACUUGGUUCUGUGACGGCUUUGUUGUUUGGCCAUCUGAGGUAGAGCUCCGAGUUGCUGGCAGCAAACAGGAGAGCAGCUGAGCUGGACCAGGUUAUGCAGUUGUGCUGAAACAGAGCUGAACUUGUACACAGGUAGCUAAAUCCCUAGGACAAAGAGGAGAAGAGAUUACAGGGGGUAUUGCAGAAAAGAGAUGUCUGAGCUGAUGGGUCAGUCAGAUGCUGUUAAUGCCCUGAGGUCCAUGGAGUUAAUGCUAUUAACAUUCCAGGUGUUAGGCUAAUGGCCCUGUCCCUUCCUGAAGAAACAUGGAUAGUUUUGGUUAAUACACUUCAAAAUGCAGCAGAGACUUAAUUGUGGCUUCUUAUUAAGACUAGGAGGUGGUUGCUUCUGAGCCAAAAACAUGCAGUGGCACCUUGGAGCUGCUAUUGGUGUAACCAGGAAUAAGUGAUCUGGAAUGAGCUGAAACGUCUUGCCUACUACCUUGUGCCUGUGGGCCAUAAGGCAGCACAAUUCUGCUGUACAGUUUUGUGCUUUUAAUGUAACAGGUGGCAAUCCAGACAUACAAUUACACUGCAGAGUCACCUCAAGGCUGCUGAUAGGAAAACCUCAAGGUGAGAAGGGUUCAGCUAUUC